CCGCUGGCGGAGGACGUGUCCGAGACGACGUGGAGGCUGUGGUGAUGUCGUACGAGCGCGCACCCGGCCGCCCGAUGUGCCGCUACGACCUCAACUGCUACCGCAAGAAUCCAGCUCACUGGAAGGAAUUUGACCACUCCGACGGCCAUGCCUUCCUCCUCGCUGCGACGCAGGCCAACCAGCAGAAGCGGUCCGCCGAGGGUGCAAAGGGCGGCAGCCUUCACCUGCCGACUGCGGCAGAGGCAGCCGAGCGGCGCAGGCGGUCACGCGAGCGUGGCUUCGCUCCGGUCUCGACGCCCGCGCUGUCUCCAGAGGCGGCGGCAGCUCUUGCAGCGAGGACGUCUCCAGAGGCGGCGGCAGCUCUUGCAGCGAGGACGUCUCCAGAGGCGGCGGCAGCUCUUGCAGCGAGGACGUCUCCAGAGGCGGCGGCGCCUUCGGCGGUCGGAGCCGAGGCGGAGGGCGAGGAGGCGGACGGCGAGGAGGAGGUCCGUGUGGACGAGGCGGACGGCGAGGCGUACCCCUUGGCGUCCUUCCUCGAGGAGUACGGCGAGCUCGAGGGUCGCGCAAAGUGGGAGCGCGCUCCAGGCGGACCGGCACGCGGCUCGAGCGACGCUUCCGCGUCGCGAGCUGCACUCCCGCCCCGAGGCGAGGACCCGCCCGGAGGCGAGGACCCGCUCGGCCCGCUGCGGGACGGCGAGCAGCGCGAGGUGCAGGGCUCUGCUGCGCAGCCCUACGUGCUGAAGCGCACCGGAGGCCUGUACUCAUGCUCCUGCCCCGCGUGGCGCAACCAGGGCGGAGGGCCGGAGGGACGCACGUGCAAGCACCUCAAGGGGCUGCGCGGGGAGGCUGCCGAGCUCGAGAGGGUGGGAAGCCGCAAGGCGUUCUACAACACGGGCGCGCGCGUCGCCGGCAAAGAGGCGGCGCCCACCAGCGCGGCGGCCGGCGCAGAGGCAGCGCGGAAGGCCACCGUCGCGCUCGCUUCUCAGUGGGACGAGAAGAAGGACGUGGCGGGGUGGGUGGUGCGCCGCCAGGACGCGCCCAAGGAGUGGGAGCGGGUCACCUUCACCGUCUACGACGCGCCCGGCGCUCCCGGCGGCAUUGCGGACCGGCUCGCCGCCGCCCGCGCCGCCCUCCCGGCGACGCCCGACGCUUCGCUCGGCCUCGACGCGCAGACGGCGGCGGCGGCGGGCGGCGCUGCCGUCCUGGCGCACGAGGUUUGCCGCGGCGCGGAGCACGUCAAGCAGCGGCUCGCCGAGGUGGAGGCUGCGGGCGGCGAGGGCCUCAUCCUGCGCCACCCGACGGCGGCCCACCGCGGAGGGCGCACCACGGACGUGCUCAAGGUCAAGUCGAAGAAGGACGACGAGGCGCUCGUGAUUGGGCACGAGCCCGGCAAGGGGAAGCACGAGGGCCGCCUCGGCGCGCUCCUCUGCAAGCUGCGGUCGGGCGUCACCUUCAAGGUGGGCACCGGCUUUUCGGACGCGGAGCGCGAGGACCCGCCGCCCGUCGGCAGCGUUGUCACCUUCCAGUACUUUGAGCUGACCGAGGCGCGGGUGCCGCGCUUCCCCGCCUACCAGAGGGUUCGGCCCGACGUCGCCGCGUCCGACUUUCGGUGAGGGUGAGAAGCGGUGGUGGUGCUGGUGGCCGCGUCGUGUGCGCGGCAGAGCGGGUACGUACCCAACGUUUUCUCGUUUGCCCUCGCUGCAAAAGCCUAGGGCUAGGCAAAAGCUUG